AUGAACACCUCUCAGCCGGUCUCUUCCCACCUGUCCUCGGUCUCGUUCAAACACCUCACCUCACCCGACAUACGCGCCCUCUCCGUCAAACGAAUCACCGCCUCGACCACGUUCGACACCCUCUUAAACCCCGUCCCAGGUGGUCUAUACACCCCAGAGCUUGAACUUGCGGACUACGAACACCACAAUGUCCUGGUCAUUGCGGUCACAUCGAGCUCCCGCUUCCGGUCUACCAUGUCACGUUCUUCGAUCAGAUCUUACGAUUGCUGCGGGCUAGUGGGCCUAGGUCUGUUGAAGGAGGCUAUGGACAUAGACGACGUUCGGCCUGGAAGCGGCGGGGUCACUGUGACUGCUGGAGAGGAUGACGAGGAAGAGAGUGAGGAGGAUGAGAACAAUGCCGAUGCAAAGGACCUCAUCGCUGAGAGGGAACGUUUUGUAAGGACGGCGAUAGCUGAUGCGAAGAGAGAGGGAAGGUUGAACUCUCAAAAGACAGAAGCUACUUCGAACGCACGGCGGAAGCUGGUGCAAGAGUUCAUGGCCGGUAUCACGAAAAGCAAGGUCUGCAGAAAUUGCAAGGGUAUCAACCCGACAUACCGGAAGGACCGCUAUGUCAAGAUCUUCCGGAAGCCUUUGACCGAGAAGGAACGUCUGAAAAUGAUUCAGGCUGGGCGCAAGGCAAAAGACGCUGUAUUGGAGUUGAAGAAGCGGGAAAAGGUUAAAGCAGGGUCGAAGAGGAAACGAGACGACCAAGACGAAGGCAUCGCGGACAUGGGCAGCAGUUCAGAGCAGGAAGAGGAGAGUGAGAGUGGAGAAGGCGUGGAAAGCAGUGAGGGGGAGCCAGAGAUAGCUGGCGGAGCUUUAGUUGAUGAAGAUACGGAAAUGGCUACUACUAAGAAGACGAAGAAGGACGAGGCCCAGCAUGAGUACAUGAACCCUAGCCGGGUGCAUGCGCAACUCGAGCAAAUGUUCGAUCUCGAGCAGGAAAUACUCAGCUACAUAUAUGGCAACGGAGCCAGCCGGCGCGCGCAUAAGACUGACACAAAGCCACGAGCUGAAGAAGGCAGUCUCUCCGCCGACAUGUUCUUCAUUCGAGAUCUGCUUGUCCCACCAAAUCGCUACAGACCUGAGAACCGCACUGGCAACGAUGAGAUCGCUGAAGCCCAGGAAAAUACCCUCUACAAGAACAUCCUCAACGUUUCCGACACAAUGGCUGCCAUACAGCGUGAAAUCAACGACAAGGAGCACGCAAGUACGCGGUAUCGACCGCGCGGAUACAAUGACCUCGAAAAUACCUGGGCGCAGCUUCAAGACGCCGUCAACUCCCUCAUCGACCGGGACCGUAACCCCAUCCAGGGAGCUGCUGGGCGCAGAAAUGCGGACGGCAUCAAGCAGAAGUUGGAGAAGAAGGAGGGAAUGUUCCGGAAGUACAUGAUGGGCAAGCGCGUUAACUUCGCCGCUCGCACAGUCAUCUCUCCAGAUCCCAACAUCGAGACCAACGAGAUCGGCGUGCCGCCGGUGUUUGCCGUCAAGCUCACGUACCCCGAGCCAGUGACCCACUGGAACCUCGAAGAGCUGCAAGAUCUCGUGCGCAACGGCCCUUUCGUCUGGCCUGGUGCCGUGGCCAUAGAAAGCGAAAACGGUCAGGUGGUCAGUCUCGAGCGAAAGAAUGCUGAGGAUCGCACCGCGCUCGCCAACCAGCUGAUGUCGCCCUCUACUUCCACUACUGGGUUCGGUGUGCGUGGCACUCGCCCGAAGAAGGUCCAUCGUCACCUCAACAAUGGCGACAUCGUCAUCAUGAACCGCCAGCCAACCCUCCACAAGCCCUCAAUGAUGUGUCAUCGCGCAAAGGUGCUCCCGGGCGAGAAGACAUUGCGCAUGCACUACGCCAACUGCAACACCUACAAUGCCGAUUUCGAUGGUGACGAGAUGAACUUGCACUUUCCCCAGAACGAGCUCGCCCGCGCGGAGGCGCUGAGCAUCGCUGAUACAGACCACCAAUACCUCUCUAGCACCGCAGGAAAUCCGCUCCGAGGCUUGAUCCAAGAUCACAUAUCAAUGUCGGUGUGGCUCACUAACCGGGAUACUUUCUUCGACCGUGGAGAGUACAUGCAGCUACUGUACGCCGCUAUCCGGCCCGAGAACGGGCAUUCGACAAGUGGACGUAUCGAGACGGUGCCGCCGGCAAUCUUCAAGCCCAAGGCUCUGUGGACGGGCAAGCAGGUUGCGACGUCCGUGCUGCUGAACGUCAAGCCUCGAGAGCAUCAAGGUCUUACAGUAUCCGGCAAGAGUACAACGGACAAGGUUAUGUGGGGCAAUGCGGGUGUGGAGGAGGGCGAUGUGAUCGUGAAGGAUGGGUAUCUGUGCCAGGGUAUUCUCGACAAGAAGCAGAUCGGUCCUUCAAGUGGCGGCUUGAUCAACGGUGUAUACGAGGCGUACGGGCACAUGGUCGCCGGUCGCUUGCUCAGCGUUCUGGGCCGGCUAUUGACGCGCAUGCUCACAACGAGAGCGUUCAGCUGCGGUGUCGAGGACCUUGUAUUCACUGCAUCAGGCGAAGAGCAGAGACGCCAAGCACUCUCUGGCGCUGAGACAGUCGGGUUGAAAGUCGCAGCUCGCUACGUCGGACUGGCAGACAAAGUGUCGGGCGCGGACGAUCGGGAGCUUAGAAGGCGCCUCGAGGACGUUCUGCGCGACGAUACGAAGCAAGCCGGUCUCGACCAAAUGACGCAGGGCGCUGCUAAAGACCUCUCCUCCGCCGUCACCAACGCGUGUCUGCCGAACGCGCUGCUGAAGCCUUUCCCGAAGAACCAGAUGCAGGCAAUGACGUCUUCCGGAGCGAAGGGCACCAAGGUCAAUGCCAACCAGAUCUCGUGCAACCUCGGCCAGCAAAAUCUUGAGGGACGUCGUGUGCCGGUGAUGGUGAGCGGGAAGACCUUGCCCUGCUUCAGACCGUUCGAGAGCAGUGUACGUGCCGGUGGAUAUAUUGUUGAUCGAUUCUUGACGGGUGUCCGGCCGCAGGAGUACUAUUUCCACGCCAUGUCAGGUCGUGAGGGACUGAUUGAUACUGCUGUCAAGACUUCACGGUCUGGGUACCUGCAGCGAUGUCUGAUCAAGGGUAUGGAAGGACUUCGGGUGGAGCACGACUCGUCCGUGCGCGACAUUGCCGACGGCAGUCUUAUCCAGUUCCUGUACGGCGAGGAUGCGCUGGACGUUGCGAAGGCGAAGUAUCUCUCUGACUUCAAGUUCGCUGCGGAGAACUACCUGAGCUUGUUCAACAACCUAGGCGUCAAAGAAGAGUUCGGCCGGCUCAUCAGCGAGGAGGCUGCGGAGUACAACAAGAAGGCCGAGAAGAAGCAUCGAAAGACUGGCGACCUUGGCGCAAUGGAUCCCGCACUGUCGAGAUACACCCCAGGAACGCAUGCUGGCUCAACAAGCGAAAAGAUGCUACGCGAAAGCCGAUCGUACACUGACGCUAACCCGGACGGCAUCAUUAGGGACAAGAAAACCAAUCCGAAUGGCGAAGUCUCCAAGAGAAACUUCCAAUCCAUCCUCGACCUGCGCUAUCUCAAGACCGUCGCUGAAGCCGGCGAGGCAGUCGGCGUGGUCGCAGGACAGAGUGUGGGUGAGCCGAGCACGCAGAUGACGCUGAAUACGUUCCAUUUGGCUGGCCAUGCGGCAAAGAACGUCACGCUGGGUAUUCCGAGGUUGCGAGAGAUCGUCAUGACGGCUGCUUCAAACAUCGCUACGCCCACGAUGAGCCUGCGGGUUAGUGAAGAUGUAGGUGUGGAUGGGGCGAAGAAGUUUGCGAAAGGUAUCUCGAAGCUCAGUCUGGCGGAGUUGGUGGAUGGGGUGAGGAUUGAAGAGAGCACAGGGCAAGGCGUGGCAUACGGCGAAGCGAAGAAGUACAAAGUGCAGUUGACGCUGUUUCCGAAGGAGGAGUAUGUGAAGGAGUAUGCCAUCACUGUUGAGGACGUGGUGGGCACUAUCGAACACCGGUUCUUGCCGCGGCUGCAGGCUCUCACGAGAAAGGAGAUUAAGAAGAGAGGGGAUGAGAAGACGCUGAAAGCUGCGGUGGGCAAGAGCGUCGGCAGGGUUGAAGAGGAGGUCAGUCGACCUGAAGGCGAGCGAGAGGGUGGCGACGACGACUCGGAUGCCGAAGGUGACGACGACGCUACCCGGGACAAGACCAAGAACAAUCGCCAACAAGCCGGCUACGAAGCCCAAGAAGACGACGACGAACGCGACCUCGCCCACAAGAACAUCCGCGAAGACGAAGCCCUUGACGAAGUCUCCGAGCAAGAAGACGAAGCCUACGGCGGCAGCCCGCGCUCCACCCCGGACCCCGAAGAAGAACUCAGCGCCCUCAAGUCCGCCGCCCGCGACCGCGAAAACCGCAUCAAAUCCGACCGCAAAACCAACGACGUCGUCUCCUUCGCCUUCGACGACCGGAAAGGCGACACCUGCACCUUCACCAUGGAGUACGACUCCAGCACCGCCAAGAUCCUGAUGCUGCACCUCGUCGAGUCGGCCCUGCACUCCUCGCUCGUCCAGUCCGUGCCGGGGAUCAGCACCUGUAUCCUCGACGAAGAGGCCAUGAAAGCGACAAAGGGCGUGCCGAUGUUGCUGGCUUCGGGGGUGAAUGUCAAGGCCAUGUGGGGGUUCCAGCAUAUCAUCCACCCGGACUAUUUGUACACGAACUCCAUUACUGAGAUUCUGACGCACUACGGCGUCGAAGCCGCGCGCGCAGCGAUCGUGCGGGAAUUGCAGGGUGUGUUCGGUGGACAUGGGAUUCAAGUCGAUGUGCGGCAUUUGAUGCUUAUCGCGGAUUACAUGACGAGGGAUGGGGCAUAUCAGGCUUUCUCGCGGAUGGGGUAUCGAGGCAGCACGAGCCCGUUUAUGAAGAUGAGCUUUGAGACGACGGUGGGGUUCUUGCGGGACGCGGUGUUGGAGGGCGAGGAGGAGGGGUUGAAGGGGCCGAGUGCGAGGAUUGUGGUGGGGGGGUUGGGGAGGAUGGGGACAGGUGGGUUUGAUGUGUUUUUGCCUGUUGAGGAGGGGAGGGGGGAUGAGGAGAGGAUGGAGAUAGGGUGA